AGCGCUUUGGCUUCUUGGUUCCGUGAUUGAAAACCCAAAAAUACUUCUUUCUACUCAGCUUUUUUUUUUAUUUAUAUUGGCCAAAUGUCCACCAUGGUUUCAUGGUAGUUAUACAGGGAAGGUGGGCUGCUCCGGCGGCUCAGGGCGUUUGAGUCUAUUCUUCAGCCGUCUACAUUGCCUCUGAGCUUUCUCCUCUUUCAAACCCCCAUGCUUUUUUGGUCGUAGCAUAUUUCAGCACGUAUGCAGCAAAAGAGGCUCCUUUCAAUGGAAAUCGCUUCUUCUUCUUCUUCUUCUUCUUCUUCACGUGGUGAUACCCUCCCAAGAAGCACGUUCUUGAGUUAUAUGUGAGCUGCGAGUUCUUGCAGUUUGCAUUUCUUUCCGUCGCCGUUUCUCCUAUCCUGUACGGCAUCAUCUGCGUUUAUGAAUAGCAUAUUCCCUGGGAAUCCACCUAUUGGGAAAAGCCAGUAGAUCACAGUUCAAGAAUAACCAUUUUCAUCCAUGGGAUUUGAUUGUAGCUGAAUCAUUUAAAUUCAGAAGUAACCAAAAUGACAGUGAGAUCAGCUAAAUUCAAAAAAGGCAACCUCGGGAUUAAGCUGCCUUCAGUUGGCAACAGAAAGGAUGUUAUUGAAUUGUUCUCAAAAAUCAAUAAUUUGGUGCCACAAAAUAAUGAUCUCACUGCUAGAACCUCAUCAAAUAGCCAAGAUAUGGAUGAUCAUUAUUUAGAUUCUACCUGCGCUGGCACUCUCAAGGAUGAUUCUGCUUCUAAACUGUGUCAGGAUAUGUGCUUUCGUGAGUUAGUUUCUCCUCAUCAUAUAUGUGAGAUGCAUGCCGCUGCUGUUAAGCUGCAGAAAAUGUAUAAGAGUUAUCGGACAAGAAGAAAUCUUGCAGAUUGUGCAGUUGUUGUUGAGGAACUUUGGUGGAAGGCUUUGGAUUUUGAAUCUCUAAAGCGCAGUUCGAUAUCAUUUUUCAACGGUAACAAAACCGAAACAGCAGGUUCUCGGUGGGCGAGGGCUCUGACAAGGGCUGCAAAGGUUGGUAAGGGUUUAUCAAAAAGUGAUAAAGCUCAAAAACUGGCACUGCAACACUGGCUUGAAGCUAUUGAUCCACGACAUCGAUAUGGGCAUAAUUUGCAGUUCUACUAUGAUGUCUGGUUUGAAAGUGAGAGCUCACAGCCAUUUUUUUACUGGUUGGAUGUUGGAGAUGGCAAAGAAGUUAAUCUUGAAAAAUGCCCGAGAAGCCUUCUUCAUCAGCAGUGCAUAAAAUAUCUUGGGCCGAAAGAGAGGGAGGCAUAUCAAGUUAUUAUCAAGGAUGGGAAACUUGUUUAUAAGCUUACAGAGUUGUUUGUCCAUACGACUGAUGAUGAUGAAAAAUGGAUAUUUGUUCUGAGCACAUGUAGGGCUUUAUAUGUUGGAAAGAAGAAAAAGGGCAGAUUUCAGCAUUCGAGUUUCUUAGCUGGGGGAGCUACAACAGCUGCUGGAAGGCUGCUUGUCAAGGAUGGGUUUCUUAUGGCUAUUUGGCCAUAUAGCGGACAUUACCUCCCAACAGAAGAAAAUUUUGACGAGUUCAUCAAGUUUUUAGCAGAGAACAAUGUAGAUCUCACCAAUGUUAAGAGAUAUUCUAUUGAUGAAUGUAGUCGUUCACUCGAUCAUUCCUCGUCAUUUAAGAUGCCUAGAAACGAGGAGGUGGUGGUGAUGAAAUCGGAAACAAAAGUAGCAGAGAAUGAUCUAACAGUGGUAGAGCUUAAAGAAUUGGGAGACACCCAAAACACUGAAGAGAUUGAAAAGGAAUCUUCAAAGACUGAAUUUGAUGCCCAGAUAAAUAUAGGAGAACAACCUUUUCUUGAAUCAGUUGAGCACCUUACUUGGAAAUGGAGUACUGGAACUGGUCCUCGCAUUGGUUGCCUGAGAGAAUAUCCUUCUGAUCUGCAAUGCAAGGCACUUGAGCAGGUCAAUCUUUCACCAACCACCCCAACUUGGUCUAAAACACCAAUCCCUUCUCCUCGACCCAGUCCUCGUGUGAGGCUUUCUCCACAAUUGGCUCAGCUGUGCGUUCAUGUUCCAACAAUCUCACUUACACUUCCAAACAUAAAGAAGAAAACAAGACAAUGCACAAGUUUUGAUCUGCAAUGAAGCAAAACAAUACAGCAACAUUGGCUGAGUUUUUGGCGGAUUGAAGCACAAUUUUUUAUAGAUAAAUGCAAAGCCAUGGGUGAGGAAGAGAAAUGUUCAUAUUCUUUGAUAUAGAUGAUCACUUAUACAAGCAUUGAUGCGUUAAUUGAUAGCAUACAUAAAUGUUCAUUGAAUUAAAAGGAACAUGAAUUGGGUGUAUACUUUUUUUUU